UGCUCAUUGAACAGUAAAGAAAGAAAUGAUUUUGACACAGUUGAACUACUAACUGCAGAAAUCAAUCCCCACAAUCAAAACCUUAAAAACUCAAUUUCCCUUCAUAUUUCUCCACAAAAAGAUUUCCCCUCUAUCACACUACUUUACUUUUCCCAAUUCAAGAAACCUAUUAUUGGUUUAAAGGUCAGUUGUUUUGAUAUAUAUAUGGUCUAUAACAAUGUUCUUUCUUGAUUUUGUAUGGGUAUUUGCUAAAAAGUUGUGAUUUUGGGUAUACCCUUUAGCUUUUCUUGGACAAAUUUUGAGUUGUUUGUAGUGUUGAUUGAUUUUAUUUGGAUUUGUGGUAAAGAGCUGAAAUUUGGGUUUUGGGUAUUUGAGUUGUUGUGUAUGUGAUGCUUGAGCUGCUUAGAGUUUGUUGAUUUGAGUAGUGGAGUUAGUUUUAUUUGAUGAAAGUAUGUUGGUUGAGAAAAUGAGUGAUUUUUAGUAUACCCAUUAGCUAAUCUUGGACAAAUUUUGAGUUAUUUGAAGUAUUGAUUGAUUUUAUUUGAGUUUGUGUAAAGAGCUGAAAAUUUGGGGUUUUGGGUGUUUGAGUUGUUGUGUAUCUGAUUCUUGAGCUGCUUGAAGUUUGUUGAUUUGAGUUGAGUAGUGGAGUUAGCUUUGUUUGAUGAUGCCACUACCAAGAAGGAAAAAGUUUGUUGGUUGAGAAAAGGAGUGAUCUUUGGUAUUCCCUUUAGUUUUUCUUGGAAAUUUGGGUUAUUUGUAGUGUUGAUUGAUAUUUGUUGGAUUUGUGGUAAAGAGCUGAAAUUUGGGUUUUUGGGUAUUUGAGCUGUUGUGUAUGUGAUUCUUGAGCUGCUUAAACUUUGUUGAUUUUGAGUAGUGGAGUGUAGUUGUAUUUGAUGAUGCCACAACCUAGAAGAAAAAAGUGGACUGAGGCAGAAGAAAGAACUCUGAUUGAUAAGUAUGGUGAGAUGUUAUGUGAUGGGACUUUAGCUAAAAUGAAAACUAGGGAAAAGAAGUAUAGACCUAUAGCUUUACAUGUGAAUUCUGUGCACAAUGUUCGUGAUCCGAUCACGUAUCCAUGGCAAUGGACUUGGAAGGAUGUGUCUACUAAAGUGCAGAACAUGAGGCAUCAGUAUACACUGGUGAAGCAGAAGAUUAAGAAGCCAAACUCUGGGGAGGAGUCGGGUGCUGGGGAGGAGUUCGAUUGGAUGGAGGGGCUGACUCAUUGGUCGAACUUUUUAAGGUAUAAAGAAGUGUUUGGGGAUGUCAAUACACUUGUCUUCAAUUGUAGCGACUCCAUGGCUGUUGUAGGAGAUGGAAAUGAAAAUAGUGGGGGAUUUGAUGGGAGUGGUAAUGGUAUGGGGAUUGAUCAAUUUGGGCAUCUAGGUCAUGCUGGGGACGGUGAUUUUAAUGGAGUUAUUAAUGGGAUUGAUCAUGGUGUUACAGGUAUGGAGUUUGAUUAUGAUGGAGAAGAAGGAGAGGAGAAUUUCAAUGGUAGUAUCAGGAGGAAUAAUCAUUUGAAGGAAGAUGCGGAUAGUGGAUUUGUUUACGAAGACAUCGAGCCAACUGGAUCUGAUACGAGAAAAAAGAAGAAACUAAAAGGGGUGGAGAAGAGGGCAUGGGGUUUUCUUGCAGCACAGUUGGCACAGUUAAAGGAAAUGGAAGCUCGGUUUGAGCAGCGUGAGGCUGAGAGGGAGCGGGAGCGGCAGAGGAGAGAACAUCUUAGAAUAGAACUUGAACAAGAACGUGAGAGAAAAUGGGAAGAAAGAGAAAGAGAGAGGGAGGAAAGGGAGAAAGCAAGGGAGAAGCUGCAGAGACAGAGAAUUCAAGAAUGGGAAGCAAUGGAGAAGGAAAGCGAGGAGAGAGAGAGGAGGAGACGAGAGGAACAGCUUAUAUUUGAGAGAGAACGUGAAGAAAGAAUGCACAAGAGGAGGUCAGAUUGGAAGAAGAGGAUUGACGAGACGGUAGGUCAGCAUCGAGUUGAAAUGAGCCAGGUCCAGACUCGGAUACUUCACGAACAACAAAAUCUUACUAGUCAGCUUCUUGGAAUUUUUUCUCAGUGGACUGGUCAUCCAACGGGGCUUUCUGAUCACACAGGAGCUAGCAACCAUUAUCUUUCACAAAUGAUGCAAAAUUUGCACCAUGUCAAUGGUAUGGUUCAUGGUGAUGCAAGGGUUGUAGAUGAUGCUCAAGAAGACCAAUUUAUCGUUGAUGGAUAAAUAAAAGCAAGCUCCUUUUAGUAUUUACAUCGAUCACCUGAAUAGGGAAGGUGCAUGUACCUUGCAAGGCAUGAACAAGUGUAAAGGAUGAGCUUGUUUGAUUAACAUCUCUACACAAUGAUGCUACAUAACGACGUACCUGACAAUCAUACUUAAAGCCCCUAAAGGUGUCACAAGUACUGCUGGGGCAUAUGCAU